CGUUCCCACCCCGGGCCUUCCGUCGCCGUCGUCACUGCUCCCACCAUGGCCCGCCGCCUGUCGUCCACCGCCGCGCUCCUCCUCCUGCUCCUCUCCCUCCUCACCGUCGCGCAUUGCCGCCCCAUCGAAGCUGACCCCGCCACUGACGCCGCCGGAUCAGCCGGAGACGACGGGAACGGUCCGCCCAACCCCACGCUCCCCUCCGACACGGUCCUCCCGGCGGAGCAGCAGCCGCACGGGUUCCUCCGCCUGCCGUCCCACCGGCUCCGCCGCCACCACCCGUGCAGCCGCGGCCUCUUCCACCGCCACCUCUGGUGGGCACGCCACCACGGCACCUCCGCGGAGGACGCGCCGCGCCGGUUCCACGGCCGCCACGGCGAGGCUGCUCUGAGCCACCUGAUGAUCGCCUCGCCCGCCGGCGAGACCGGGGAGGCGAAGUCCGUGGCCGAGCCGGACCCGGACCGCUCGCUCCCCGACGGUGACGACGGCGAGGGGGAGGUGGCCGCCGGCAGGGAGCCGUACUCGUUCCCCGACGCCGACGGCGGCGCCCAUGACCAUGAGGAGGCAGCGGCAGCGCGCGAGGGCGAGGCCGGCACGGCGGUCAGGGCGUGGAGGAAGGAGAUGCAGCGGAGGUGGCAGCGGCUCCACCGCCACCACGACGACGAGGAGGAGGAAGUCGAAGCCGCGGGGGGCUUGAAGCGGUUCCGCCACGCCGAUGAUGAGCACGAGGACGAGAGCGACAGCGAGGACGAGGAGGUGGAGGAGCUGGUCCGGCGGUUCCGGAAGGCGAUCAUGCGGAGGAGGUCGUCAUCCGGCCACGGCCGCCGCUUCGACCACCACCACCACUACGGCCACCACCGCCACGCCGGGGAGGCCGCCGGGAAGGCAGACGCCGCACAGGAGGAGGGCGGCGUGGUGUCGUGGAUCAAGGACCUCAUCAUGAACCGGUUCUAGCAGCAGUGAAGCAUUUUGUCGAUUGGUCUUGGAUCUCCGUCGUCCUCACGGUUUCGUCGGUGUCAUACUACUGUAUUUGUUAUCUACAGUGUGUCUAGUUACGUACUAUUGUGUGUCAUUGUGUAGAACCUGCUUGUUGCGUGCAAGUGUAUUGUCAUAUUGUGCAUGCAUGUGUGCUUGUCAUGAGCAGGAUGUGGCUCGUUUUUUGUGAUAUCUCGUCUAGUUUGAUCCCAAAUGGUGCAAACUCGGUCUGACUGACAGAUCUCUGCUAAUAGAUGUUCGCUUGACAAGCGGAACAUUAUCGAGAA